AUGCGUCACGUGGCAGGGAAGCUGCGGCUGUCUAGCUGGAGUUGCUCCCGUGAAGGGAUGCCGUUCGCGUCUGGGGCGUUUACAGCCUACGCGUGUGCGGUGUUCAAGCCGAGGAUGGUCAACGGGACCGUGACACUGAAGCUCUACCACGUGGCAUGGCUGGAGCACGUGGUGACAGAUGCAGUCAAUCACUGGGAGGAGCGCCAGGGUCGCUUCGCCAACUCCGCGAGCACCAACGCGCAGAUCGUGGACGGCCUCCACGUCCUCGUCAAGGCUGCUGUUAGGGCCGCCAUCGCGGAUUUCCGACCAGCCUAUGACGAGGCGUCCCAGAGCUGGGAGUGGGGCUGCCAUGGUCUGCGCAUCUCGGCCGACGGCAUCGCUGCCGUCGAAGCAGUGACCGCGGAUGCAAGCGUCAGCCGCGGUACUCCGCAGGCAUAA